AUGCUCUUUUCCUUUCAGGGUGGCGUCAGUCAUGUCUUUGUUAAUCUGGGGUCAGACCACCCGUCAAUUCUCGAGGCCAUGUUGAAAGGACAGCGGGAGAAGAAUGGCCAGUUUCCGAAAAUCAUCACAUGUCCCAAUGAGAUGGUAGCACUUUCGAUGGCGGAUGGAUACGCUCGCCUCACUGGUGAGCCUCAAGCUGUUAUCGUUCAUGUCGAUGUGGGUACUCAAGGAUUGGGCGCUGCGGUUCACAAUGCCUCUUGCGGCCGAGCUCCGGUUCUGAUCUUUGCUGGUCUGUCUCCGUACACAAUCGAAGGAGAGACCCGGGGAUCACGGACUGAGUAUAUCCACUGGAUUCAGGAUGUGCCAGACCAAAAGCAAAUUGUGUCACAAUAUUGUCGUUACACCGGAGAACUCAAAUCCGGGAAGAAUGUGAAACAGAUCGUGAACAGAGCCCUUCAAUGGGCCACAAGUGACCCAAAGGGCCCGGUCUAUCUGGUCGGAGCUCGAGAAGUCAUGGAGGAAGAGAUCGAACCCUAUCAGCUGAAUCAAAAGGUCUGGGGACCCGUCUCACCCGCUGCCCUGCCCACAGCCGGAGUCGAGUUGAUUACAUCCGAGCUUGCGAAUGCGAAAAGCCCGUUAGUGGUGGUCGGAUAUACUGGCCGACAAGCCCAGGCUGUGACGGAACUGGUGACCUUGGCAAAUCACUUCAAGGGAAUUCGAGUCCUAGACACUGGUGGAAGCGACAUGUGCUUCCCUGCCAACCACCCGGCCUGGGUGGGAUUAAGUUAUCCAGGCCACGAACUAGUGACGACCGCUGAUCUUAUUAUUGUGAUUGAUUGCGAUGUUCCAUGGGUGCCAACUCAGUUCAAGCCCUCCGAUUCGACGAAGAUAAUUCAUAUUGAUGUCGACCCCCUGAAGCAACAAAUUCCUGUGUUUUACAUCAACUCAAUGGCUACAUUCCGUGCGGACUCCGCAACUGCACUGAAGCAGCUCAACGACUAUAUCGGCAUCAACGGCCAGAUCCAACAGUACAUUGGAUCCAAGGACAAUAUAGCAAUGGGACAGCAACGUGAUGAGGAAUAUUUAAAGCGACGACAGGAGAUCACCGACUCGGCUGCUCUGCCUGAAGGUGGUGACGAAGCCUUGAUCAACGUUUCGUAUUUAAUGUCGGAAGUUCGCAAGGGUUGCCCUACAGACGCAAUUUGGGCGAUCGAAGCGGUCACACUGUCGCACCCUGUAUCGGAUCAGAUUGCUGCGACAUUGCCAAACUCCUGGAUUAACUGUGGCGGCGGCGGUCUGGGUUGGUCUGGUGGUGGCGCACUUGGAAUCAAGCUGGCAUCGGAUGUGAAGAAUGGAGGUCCCGGUAAGGGUAAAUUUGUAGUACAAGUUGUCGGUGAUGGUACAUUCUUGUUCUCCGUCCCAGGUUCGGUUUACUGGAUUUCACGUCGCUACAAUAUCCCCAUUUUGACCAUCGUGUUGAACAACAAGGGAUGGAAUGCGCCUCGGCGAAGCAUGCUGCUGGUUCACCCAAAUGGCGAUGGUUCCCGAGCUACGAAUGAGGACUUGAACAUCUCAUUUGCGCCCACCCCUGACUAUGCUGGAAUUGCGAAAGCUGCCGCCGGUGGGGAAUUGUGGGCUGGCCGGGCAUCUAACGUGGCGGAAUUGGCACAGGGGCUACCCGAGGCAAUCCAAAGCGUUCUAGGAGGUAGAAGUGCGGUCCUAGAAGCACAGCUGGAUGGAACUAAUGGGAAAUACAUUGGAAGCUCAUAG